GCCCAGCCCUCAACAGGCAUGGCCGCCGAGGACUCCCGGAAGACGAGUAUUCUAGAGCGGGUCAGGUGACUGUGGCGUCCCGUCAGCUGACAGGAGACUGGAGGAAGCUGGAGGUUCCUGGUGACUGAGAAAUCAUGGCUGAGGACUUGAGACGAUACCUUUACAAAAAGCUUCCAAGUGUUGAAGGCCUUCAUGCGAUUGUAGUGUCAGACCGGGAUGGUGUGCCUGUUAUUAAAGUUGCUAAUGAGAACUCGCCUGAAUGUGCUCUGAGACCAUCUUUCCUAUCCACAUUUGCGCUGGCCACUGACCAGGGAAGCAAGCUGGGACUCUCCAAAAACAAGAGCAUCAUAUGUUACUACAACACGUAUCAGGUUGUCCAGUUCAACAGACUGCCAUUGGUUGUGAGCUUCAUAGCUAGCAGCAAUGCCAAUACAGGUCUAAUCCUUAGCUUAGAAAAAGAGCUUGGUCCCUUGUUUGAGGAGCUUCGGCAAGUAGUGGAGAAUUCUUGAUCUGUACAGUCCCUAAAACGAAUCCUGGACUUUUGGUGUGGCAAAAGAUUGCCAUUUCCACAGCAGUCAAAUGCCUAGCACGUGUAGUUCCUCCAUUGCACUGAAUAAUGUUCCUUUCUGCUAUGGAGAUGGAAGACAUCUUCUGUUUGUCAACCUUAACUUUUGAUAUUUGCU